GCAAGCAUUCAGUCUCAAGCUCGUGGGACAAGACACUAAAGUACUGGUCCCUGGAUACAGGCAAAUGCCUGCGUACCUUCGAGGGCCACGAGAACCACGUCAACUGGGUCUGUUUCUCGACCAGCGACGAGAAGGAGUUUCUGUCUGCCUCCAGCGACCGAACAUCCAGAUGUUGGUGACACCCUUCCGUAGCUCGAACGGACGCCGAGCUCAGGAAGUCGGCGGCAGCUCAUCGCGCUGCCAUGACGAUUGGAUCACAGCAGUAGUGCACGCGCCUUCAUCUACCAAGAAGGCCAGGGCCGCGACCUGCGGCUGGGACAAGCAAAUCCGGGUUUGGGAUUCUGGUACACGACAGGUUCUACACACCCCGCCGUGUUUUCACAGUGCAGCCAUCCACGCGCUCGAGAUUUCACCGGAUGCCAGCUUGCUGGCAUCUGGUGGCCGAGACUGCGCGGCACUGCUGUGGGAUGUGGAAGAGGGCAAACUGCUGGCUGGCCUCCAGCUUGCACAUUGCAUCAAUGCCUUGGCCUUUAGCCCCCUGCACUACUGGCUUGCUAUGGCAUCAGACGACGGGAUCGAAGUUUGGGACCUGGAGGUGAAGAAAAGGAUGGUGAAGGUUGUCUCAUCCGGCGGCGGCGGCGUCGCCACGGCUCUGAGGUGGACCACCGAUGGCAAAUAUCUUCUGGUCGGUUAUUCCACCGGCAUCAUCGAGGUCUACGAGAAGCAGAUGGAAGAUUUUUGGACAAAGAGCUUCAAGAAGUGA